GAGCCCAUUCCAACCUCCACGCAAAACCCACCACUCACUCAUAGCGGCUCUAAACACAUCAUUCCUCCCCCUCCGGUUUUCACAAACCCGCCCAGUCGACUAACACUACCGAGGCAGGAAUAACCUUAUACCAAACAUGCCUUCCUCUGCAACGCUCGCCGAGCAGGGCCUGAAAGCUUUGAGUUCCCAGAAUUACUCUCAGGCAAUUGAUUUAUAUACUCAAGCUCUGCAGCAAACACCCGAAUCACCCGAUUAUUACAUCAAACGCUCCACAGCCUAUCAGCGUUCUUCCGAUUACGCUAGUGCUCUUAGGGAUGCGGAAAUAGCCGUGGUUCUGGGCUAUAAACGUGGUAAGAGAGAGCUCAUCAGCAGCGCUCAACUCCGCAGAGGGACUUCCUUGUUUAUGGAGAAGAGGUAUGGUGAUGCCGCCUUCUGUAUUGCGGAAGCGGAGAAGAAAGCUGCAGGGGAGAAGGAAAAGAAUCUUAUCGGCAUCUGGAAAAACAAGAUCGAGAUACAGCUCGCUAAACUCGACCAUGAUGAUCCUACUCGGGAGGUUACUGUCUCGGAGGUUCCUGACUCCGAGGUACCAAUACCUGAGGAGCGAAAGGAGCCUGUACCCACGAUCCGGCCCGGGGAUGGUGGGGCUACUGGUGUCACCGUCCAGCCGCCGCCCGCACCAGGGGUUAGUACACCUGCAGGCAGGAUUCGUCACGAAUGGUACCAGACCGCUUCUCAAGUGGUUCUCACCAUCUUUGUCAAAGGGGUGCCAAGGGAUAAGGUCGCAGUGCAGAUAAACAACGAGUCGGUAAGUGGAGAGGACCAUGCUGUUGAUUAAACCUCGUUCUGACGGUAAAAGGUCUCAGUAUCUUUCCCUUUGGCCACCGGCAGCGAAUGGACGUUUGAUGUCAGCCCUCUCUUUGACAAGAUAGAUCCUGUAGCUUCCAGUUUUUCGGUCCUUUCUACAAAAAUUGAGAUUAAGCUUGCGAAAACUAAUCAAAACCGUAAAUGGGGUGGCCUCGAGGCACCAGAGCAAGCGCCUGUCCCAGAAGCAGGCGAGCGACCCACAGCGUUGGCAGGCAAACCAAUGGAAACCUUACCUGUCUAUCCAACAUCAUCCAAGAGAGGCCCCAAAGAUUGGGAUAAAGUUGCCAAAGCUCUCACCACUCGCCCCACAGAGGAGAGGAAAGCGAAAGGAGCUGUCAGUGACAAAGAGGAGGAGGGUCCCGCCGGCGUGGAAUACGAUAGCGACUAUGAGGGUGGAGAUCCAGUCAACCAUUUCUUCAAAAAGCUUUACAAGGACGCCGACGAGGACACCAGACGCGCAAUGAUGAAGAGCUAUGUCGAGAGUAACGGCACAGCUCUCAGCACCAACUGGCAGGAGGUUGGAAAAGCAAAGGUCGAAACAAGCCCUCCAGGUAGUGUUCUCUCUCGGACGUUGAGGACCGAAUGCUAAUUUCAACCAGAUGGAAUGGUCGCUAAGCAGUGGGAUAAGUGAACAAGGGAGCGUGCAAAGAUGGUCAUUUUGUGGGUAGAAGCGAAUUUGUGGUUUUAAGAGGUUGUUUCGGAUCUUCGAAUUCCUCUUACUUUAGAACACCACCUUAAUAAAUUUGUCCCCUCCCGUAUCGUAGAGGCACAUAAAAUUACCCCAGUUGGAGUAUCAACUCAAGUUUACCCCCCCGGGUUACUCAGAAUGCGAUCGGAAACUAAGGACCGCCGGGUUCGGGGUAGACACACGUGAUCUCUGGCAGUAACUUUGUGUCAAAAGUGGGUUGAAAACAGGAGCGCGCUAGUGCGAGAGAGAAUGGUGCAAUGGUGGCUAGCCAAUGUUCUAAUGCCUGGUUGAUGAUACCGCACUUUUUUGGUUUAGCCCGAAAUCACGCUUGACGAGAAGAGUGAAAUUUGACUAGCUUGCCACAGGGUGAAUCCGGUAACCAUAGCAGAGAUAUGAGGUAAUGUAUUUUAAAAUCAAUCUUAAAGCUAUCAGGUCAUCCAUCUUUCUGUAAAGUCAACAGGCUACAAAUAUCCAACAUGAAUAUCAACAACCUACUCAAUCCAAGUGAUGCUGAAGCAUGAGUACGAGUUCCAGCAAGCUUGGUACAGGGCAGAGAUCAAAGUGCUGUAAUAGUAUAAGAAGUAUGUGAAUUAAUAAGAAAUAAAAAUGAGAAAGAGCGUACACAGAAUGGCAGAGAGGAAAGACAUGGCCUGGAUAUCGACCAAAGUCAAUUUUAGAAAGCGAUAACUCCACAUUUGCAAAACCUAGGACCAGAACUCACCACCCAUAUUCAAGAGAGUUUAAAAUCAUGGUUUUAUGCUGGAGGAUACAGUAUAGAAUGGAGCGAAAACAAGGUGAAAGGAACCUAGGAGAAUUUUAACAGGCAUUGUUAUGUGAGGCGUUAGAAUGCUAUCUAGCUGAGUACCAAUUACUACAUUGUAUUAUUGGCUCACAAGUCAGGAACGAAGAAUAGAUAGUAAAAAGGAAGAAAGAAAGUACUAAGUUGAUGUGAAGUACUGUUGGUAGCUAUUAAUAGGAGAAAAGUUUUAUAAAAGGUAUAAAAAAAGAAAGAGGAAAGA